GUGCACGAUUAAAGCCCACAUUAUGUGCUGCAGUGCAUCUUGGUGUAGAUAAAGUCAAGUAGAAUUUAGUGUCAUUUUAGAAGUAUCUGCGCUCGCUAUCUAGUGCUAAUGGCAUCUUAUAACGUCUUUUAACGGUUUAUAAUUCGAUUCUGUCGGUUUGUGAUUUCCUUGAAUUAGUGAGUUUUGACAUUUUUUUUUCAAAGGAUAUUUGUUUAAAUCCUUAUAAAUUUAUUAAAUACUUUUAAGGCGUUAACAAAAUGGGGAAUUUCAUUAUUGUUUCUGCCGUGUGGUUUUGCUUCAUUUUAAGUGGUUUACAAGGACAACAAUAUAGUACAUAUCUAGAUGCCCAAUUUGCACGACCAUUGGGUAUGGUACGAAAAUUUAUAGCAAAUUUAUCAGGAGAACAAAGCCAGAUAAAUAAAAUAUAUCGACUAAAUAAGAAGUUGGGGAAAAUUCAACCACAAGUUCCACAGUCACAACGAUUUCAUUGUGACGCCAAAAAUGGACCUGGCAGACGUAGUUCCAAACCCCCAGAAUCUGUUGAUGAAGUUCGACCAGGCGAUAUUGAUAUAAUUGCCGCAAUUGGCGAUUCAUUGACUGCAGCUAACGGUGCAAUAUCAAAUGAACUUUAUAGUUUGUUUAAUGAGAACCGGGGAAUAUCAUUUUCAGCCGGAGGACGAGGUGAUUGGCGAAAAUAUCUAACUUUACCUAACAUACUGAGAGAAUUUAAUAAUGAUCUCUAUGGUUAUUCAACUGAAGACUGUUUAUCUAUUGAUCGUGCAAGCAAAUUUAACGUUGCAGAAGCCACAACUCGUUUCGAAGAUAUGGUAUUUCAAUCGAAAGUUUUACUCAAGCGCAUGCAAAGGGAUCCCAAAGUAAACAUGACGUCACAUUGGAAAAUGAUAACAGUUUUUAUUGGAAGCAAUGAUCUAUGUGCAAAGCUAUGUGAUUUGUCAACUCCAGAAGAUCUGAUCAAGGAACACGCAGAGAAUACUUAUAAAACUUUGAGAUUCUUACGCCAGAAUGUACCAAGAGCUAUAAUUAAUUGGAUUAUUUUGCCGAACUUGGUAAAGUUGAUAGGUUUUAAAAAUGUCCCGACGCAAUGUUAUAUAGCAGAAAGAGUUGAAUGUCGCUGCAUCUAUAGCAGUCGAGCAACACCAGAGACGCUUAAAAGAUAUGAAAAUAUAGUCACAAAAAUUCAACAGGAUCAAAAGGAAAUAAUAUACCAGGAUGAGUUUAAUACUAAUACAUUCACGGUAAAUUUACAACUUUUUGGCAAAGAUUUUAGCUUACCAAAAUUACCCUCUGGUGACACUGACUUACGUUAUUUUGCAAGCGAUUGUUUUCACUUCAGUCAACUAGGACAAGCAGCAGCUGCGAAUGCUCUUUGGAACAAUAUAAUGGAACCUGAAGGAAAAAAACUUCUUGACUGGAUGCCAGCUUUUAAACAAUUUGAAUGUCCAACUAAUGAACGCCCAUACAUUGCAACCCGGACAAAUAGUAAAUAAAAAUCUUUUUUACCUAAAAAGAAAUUGAAAUUCAAAUAAAAUUGUGAUUGUGAUAUCAAACAAAUAAAAGCAUUGAUGAUACAAAAUUUUGGCCGAACAGCUAUA